AUGGAAACUUGCGAGGGAGUUCUCUUAAUACCCCCUGAUCGGGGCCAGAUCUUGGGGCGCGCCAUCUGGAAGCCACGAUAUGUUGUUGUGGGAGGCCGUAGUGUCUACAGAGAAGCCGUCACCAGUCCGACUUUCCCUCAAAAUGCCGCUUCAACCCGCUCCAACGGGACCGGCACCAGAUCCCAGCCGCGGACCCCUGGCAACGACGACUACUACAUCUCCAUCUUCAAGUCAAAGGUAAGGCUCAACAUGACGGAGUUCUCUGGCCCAAACCUAAGCCACCUGAACUUGCAGGACGACUGGGAGCCCUCCUACCAAUACCCCGUCAGCUCUGUCAUAGACUGUCAGGUGCAGAUGCUCGCCCAUCGCAAGCAGGGCCCCGUUCUGCCCACUCUCGUUAUCACCAUCAACGACAAGGAGAAGAAACGCCGUUCCAGUAGGGCUGCUGGCCUCAUCUCGAGCAAAGAGUCCACUGCGACUACGCUCUGGUUUCGAACGCCCCCCGACGACCAUCAUAUUAGUCUACACGAAUGGGCCCGGUUUAUUAUUUCGAGAAAACUUCCCAUGAGCUCAGAAAGCCCGGCUUCUCCCUGUUUCACCAACCCCUUCGCCCAGCAGCGUUCUCGAGAUGUUGAUUACUUCCCUCGCCCUCCGAGUGGGAACCCGAAUCCCCGUGGCACCCUGCAACACAAGAACUCGACGCAGACAUACUCAAGCCGAGACCGACCCAUCACAUUCAGCUCCGAUUCUCCGAGUCUGCGUUCUAAGCGCAGUGAUGUCUCGUCACCGACAAGUACUACCCGUCCUGCUCAUAUGGGCUUCACCAUCCCAGACCCCAACAAAUACACUACUGUUCUCCCCAGCGACAUCCCCUCGCCUGUCACAACGAUGUCUAUGAGCGACUAUCAACGGAGCGAAUUGAUUGAGGGAUGGACAGCGGCACAAGGACGUUCAUCUACCAUCAGCUCACCAAUCCGCGGUCGAGGCAGCGUCAGCUCAGGAGGUGCCCAACCUUUUCCCGGUGCCGAUUCUAGUUCACCACCGAACCAGCGAGAGACGAUCCUCGACCGUGCUUUCCAAUUGCGCUGCAUCCCUGGCUCCGAACUCGAGACUCCGGGUGAAGAGAAGCUCACAUCGCUGGCUCGAUUCGAUGCAUUGAUGCGGGAGGCCGACGAGAAAAUGCGCCAACAGGUGAAAGAAGCACAUGCCGAGAAGAUUGCGAUGCUCAGCGCAUUCGAUGUCGAUGAGGACUCAUCCGAAGAGGAGGCUGAUGACGACGAGGAAGAUGAAGACGACGACGAGCAUGACGAAUAUGCACACGAGGCGGAUGCCAGUGGCAAUCGCCAAACCUUGAUCGCGCCCAAUGCCCAACGCGCCCUCGAAUAUCUCGCCAGUCGCCAAGAGGAAGCCAUGUCACCUCGCUCGCCCGUGAUGAGGAGCCCGCCUGCCAACUUCAGUGUUCCCCUGCAGGCUCCUGCGCGGCCACACACGGCGCAUUCCAGGAUGCGGCCGGGUGUGACGCAAAGGACGUACAGCCAAACUCAGCCCAUGGGCCAAGAGAGGCUCGAUGUGCCAACCUCUUCAUCCGGUAAGACAUCCGAUGAUGCCAACUUCCGAACCAACGGGGAAAAGCGGGCGUCCGUCUCCAGCGCCAAGCGACUUAGCUUCAGCGAGUUCACCAAGCGUCUCUCGAGCACCAGCAGCUUACUUCUCGUCCAGACCAACACCAGCGGCGGGAGCAGUUGCGGCAGCAGCGAGUUCGACCCAAGUCCAUCUCAGGUACCCAAAGGUACUUUGAACGCUAGGGGCGUUCCUCCGCGACCUCGAGAUCUCGAGAGAGAUGAGCAAGAACGGCGCUGUGGAUGGCGAAACAGCAUCGGCUUCACCGAGGGCGCUCAAACUUAUACCCAACUCACGCCACAGCAUAGUUGCUAUAUGUUAACACGGACCUGGCGUUUGAUAUUCGUUCUUAUUCUCUACGCGUUGAUUUCCCAGUUGGAAGUUCACAUCAUCAUUUCGAGGAGGGAGGCAUUCAUCAAAGGAAGCAGCACCUCGAUGUCAGAGACUCGAGGCCUGGCGGAGUCGACAGAGUCCCUUCGGUACAUCAAGGCACUCACUAGGCAAGCAAUAUGUCGGUCAUACCACGUUGCGUCCUGCCCUUUCUUAUGUAUAUGGCCAGUUUUGUCGUCCGUUGUCUGA